GUUUUUUGUGCGACUCUAUUAGUUUUAAAACAAUUUAUGUGUUUUAUUUUCAGUGAUCAAACUAAUAAUUAUUUAAUAUUAAUUGAUCUGCUAAUAGUCUAAUAAUAAUGGGUGAUAGUCAAAAUGAAAAUCAACCUUUGUUGCGGGAUGAGGAGGAGAAUGUCAGCACUAUCUCGCCGAUCGGACCUGAUGAGCUACCGCCGCCCUAUCAGCAAGCAGGCAUGCCGAUGGUUGCGUGCCGCGUCUGUCAGGCUAUGAUAGAUAUAUCUGGUAAAAGGGAACAGCAUGUUGUAAAAUGUUCUGACUGCAAUGAAGCUACACCCAUCAGGAAUGCACCACCUGGCAAGAAAUAUGUUCGUUGCCCCUGCAACUGCUUGCUCAUCUGCAAGUCGUCAUCACAGCGCAUUGCUUGCCCCCGCGCUAACUGCAAGAGGAUCAUAAACCUGGCUCCAUCACCUGUCACUCCUCCAGUGCCUACUCUGCCUGGUAUGCGAAGGGUCAUCUGUGGACAUUGCCAGGAUACCUUCUUGUAUCAAAUAUUAAAGAAAGCGCCCGUACGAUGCCCACAUUGCCGCAAGGUUUCCUCAGUCGGCAAGGUGAAGAACAAGCGGGGGGUCAUGUUUGGAGUACUGGCGGUUAUAGUAUUCGCCAUCGCCCUCGGAGUGACCCUCGGUACCUUGUCCGCCGCGAAGACCCACGGAGGCGGCGUUUACGUGGCUUACGUCGGCGCCUUCAUCCUCGCACUACUCCUCGGCAGCCGGUCCAUCUACUACUUCACCAUGAAGGAGAGCAAAUACGAACUCGAGCCCGGAAUGUAAGCGAUCAGUUGUGAUAAUACGAAUAGAAUGUAAAAAUAUAUACGUGAAUAUCUCGAUUCCAUAUUUAACAUAGGCUUAUAUGAUAUAAGUACCUAAUCUUUAUAAAUGAUAUUCUGUUUACAUAUACUCUUCUGAUUGACUUACGGCCGUUCCCAAUAUACUACAGAUACAGAUAAAUUACUACCGAUACUAAGGCGAUAAGUCAUUCUUAUCGCCUUAUAUUGGGACGCGUGAAUUGCAAUUUCCAUACAAACUUCUAUCGCUGGUAAGCUAUAUGUCGUCCCAUUGACAGACAGCGUGUACGGAUAAGGUGAGUUAUCGUCGACAAGUUAAGGGACUACGCGCACUUAUUCAGCUCCAUUCGCGUUUCGGUGAACGAUUUUGGUCGCACUUAUACAGCUCUGCUUUUAUCAGCCGCGUACGGAACUUUAAAUCACGUCUGCACGCUAAUCUUUGCGUGCAUAAUGAUUACGUCAAAUCAAUGCAGGUACAAUACAGGUCGCAACUUGUCGACAAGGAGUCGCGAACCAUCGGCGGCGGAACAGCGCCGAACGCUCUCUAUAGCAUUCGCAUAAAAAAAACACAUUUAUCCUCAUUUUAUGCUAGUUUGCCGCGAAAGCAGAAUGGACGCGGAAAGCUGAGUCGACGCGUACACGUCUCGAUACAAAAUUGUUGUUUUCUAUGGACAAAAGCUGAAUAAGUGCGCGUAGUCCCUUAUUGGGACAGAAGUAACAAUAGUUACGAUUUUUAUCUCAAGUAAGAGAUAGACUGAAUAUUGGGAACGGCCGAUAAAGGUGCGUGCACAUUACGCGCGGCAAACCAUCGGACAUAGGACAUAUAGCAUUCCAAUUAGGCUAAAACUAAGCUCUUUUGAAUAGUCACUACAAAUAUUUCUUUUAAUUUACUGAAUUUACCAUAAGUUCGUAAAAAGUUGAGCUCGCGAGAAGAAUAUACAAAACUCAACGGCCACUCUUUUCAAUCAAAUGGAGAAUUUUAUAAUGGCUGUAAUAUAACAAAUUUGAGGAGUUUUAUUGUGCAUUAAUGGACUUUCUGUUGUUCGCUCGCAGUUGGGACGCUGUAGUUUUGAUGAAUUGGCUCUCGCGGCGAAUAUGAAAUUGAUUUUUUUGAUACUCCAAAGAGGUAUUGCAGGCAGGGGCCGUGCAUUGGUUUUCUAUAAAGGAUGCCACUCUAGAUUUCAACAGUGGUAGUUGCGCUUUAGUUGGACUACUACUAGAUUUUGAUAUCUAAAUAUUGAAGUUGUGUAUCGAAUCUGGAGACUGCCUACCGUAGGUAUUUAGGUUCUAUAAAUAAUAAAGCCUUUUAUUUAACAAAAAACAAACAAUACAAUAUCUUAUAUCUAACUUAUAUAAAAUCCAGGUCUUCUCUCUUCUUCUUCUUAAAAUCAGUCUUAAGCUGUUUACCAAUUGGCAUAGGAUUCCUCCAACCUUUUCCACUCCUUUCUGUACUUGGCAACUCCAGGUAACUCCUGCAAAUUUGGCAAGGUCGUCCUCCCAACUUUGGCGGGGUCUUCCCCUGUUUCUUAUGCCAUUCCUAGGAGUUUUCUCAUUUUUAGGGUCUAGCCUAAGGAAAAAAUUUACGAGUGGGUGUUCAAUAAAAGUUUGGUUAUAAAUAACGGAAACAAAUUAAACUAAAUCAACUUUAAUACUAGUUCAUUUAUGUAGGUUUUUAACGAGGUAGGCACUGCCUAAUUGCCUAUAUGGUAUGCACGCGGUAGGCACAAAUGAGACUUAACAUCUUAUGUCUCAAGGUGACGAGCGCAAUUGUAGUGCCGCUCAGAACUUUACGAUUUUUUCGACAUUGUUAUGGGUAGGGCGCAUCAAUUACCAUAUGAGCUGAACGUCCUGCUCGUCUAGUCCCUUAUUUUCAUUAAAAAAAGACGCCCCUGAUUGCAGGCUGGUAUAGGAGUCUCCAGGUGUCAGAAAUCUUAAAGUUAUUGCUAAUUUGGUUUGCAAGAAUGAAUUGAUCACGCCACCGCGGGCUGGUCGAGCUGGGUCGGCGUUCUACUAAAUUUAAAUCAACAUAUUGGCUCGCGGGGCAAAUGAACGUCAACUCGGCUUAAACAUGGGCUCGUGUCUGCUGCGCGUAAUGUGUACUCACCCUUACCUACAGUAGGUAUAAUUAAUAAUAUAUGUUCUGUAGCUAUCAUUCCUAUUUUUUAUGUAUUUUUUUUUGUUAUUAUUAAUCUAAAUUUGAUGAAAUUAUUGUGGAGCUUCUAGUAGAACUUGUGCUGUUCCUACUGAACUCCUGAAUUCUUGACACUUAGGGAUAUACUUCACUGGUACACCACGGUGGCGCGACUGGUUAAGGUUACUUUCGUAAGCUACCAUACAGACACCGGAGUCAUCUGGCUGGAUCACUUGACGUUGCGUAAAGACGUCGCUUCAUUGUGUGUCUUCUACCGCAUUUAUCACGGGGAGUGUUCCAAAGCUGUUUCACCAGAUUCCUGCCAUCAAAUUCAACCUUCGCACGACACGCCACAAGGUAGGAUAUCAUCCCCACCAUCUGGAUUGGCAGUCCACCACAGUGCGGUUUUCGAGGGACUUUCCUCCACCUACUACAAAGCUGUGGAAUGAGCUUCCGUGUGCGGUGUUUCCGGGACCUGAUACGUACCUUCAACGCGUUACCAACGCACCUGUGAUUCCUCUGGUGUUGCAAGAGAAUGUGGGCGGCGGUGAUCACUUAACACCAGCUGAUCACUGAAAGAGACACCAGGUGUGUAACUCCCUAUAGAGCUCCAUAUAUUUUGUUGAUAGCAGCGACUGAUUGCGCCACCGUGUCCCGGUGAAAUAUAUAUAGCCCUUAGUGCCUUACCACACGUGCCGGAAAAACGCUCAAUAUUUUUAAUACUCGCCGGUGUUCAGCCGGUAUCGGAGACCCGGCACGUAUGAAAUGGCACUUACUGACUGAAGAUAAUUAUGUAACUACUAAUAUGUUUUAAUCUUAUUAGAAUAUUCACUUUACGAGCGAAAAAAAAGCGAAUUUGCGAUUGGUCUCUGCAUAAGCUGACACGGUCUUGUUUACGCGUCAGCCAUUUUAAAAACUUGUGGCUUUAUGCCACCGCUGUUGUCAUAUAUGACUGCUUUGAUUGCUAGGACCAAUAUAUCCGAAAAUUUUCAAAGUCAAAUAUACUUUAUUCAAAUAGUCUUACUAUGUUUGUAAAAAGUUGAGCUCGUGAGAAGAACAUAUAAGAAACUCAACGGCCACUCUUUUCCAUUAGAGUAUUUUACAAUGGCUGUAAUAACACAACAAAUUAGUUUGUAAGGUGCUACAUCCAAUAUAUGAGUAUGAGUCGUGUUUAAAUAAUAUAAAUUAUUUCAUGAAAAGUAAUAAAGAAUUAAAUGUAUAAAUAUAAAUGAUCGUAUAUUGGAUGCAUCAACCUUUAGAGCUUGAACUCAUUGUUUGUAAGGAUGCUACGUGAACAUUUUGAUGGAUUAUCUUUUAAUUUGUGUACAGGACUCCUGUCACUGUGAAAAAUAUCUAAUUUAUUAUAUGGAAUGUUAAUUUUUAUAGGAAUACACAAAAUGUAACACCUAAUAAAUACGUCAUAUACUUAAUAGCAAGCUGACUCUUCAUACGGGCAGAAAAUUAUCGAUAAAACUCAACGGAAAUUGUCCUCGAAAUAACCGCGUCGUGUCGAUAAAUGGGGGCGCUUUUGUCGUUCCGGCGCGGUUUAUUGUUUUUGAAAUAUCUUUAGAGUAACACUAUAAGCAUUAAAUAUACUUAAAACACACGUUAGAAGUUGUUGCUUGACUAUGUAUUUAAAUAUAGUAAUACAAUGAAAAAUUUGUUAUCAUAAAUAAUUAGUUUGUGUUUUUACCUGAGUGCAGUCACUAAGGUCUGAUAGUAACGCCAUCUAUUGGCUUGUUAUAUGAAGCCGAAUGAUCGCUGGUCUAGUUUCUUACGGCCGAUCCCAAUAUACUAUAUACAGAUAGAGAUAAAUUACUACCUUCUACUGUCAGUAAUCAGCUGUCAAUAAUCCCAAUAUACUCGAUAAGUCAUUCUUAUCGCCAGUUCACUGUUGCAAUUUCCAUACAAUCUUCUAUCGCUGGUAAGCUAUACAGCUUGUACGGAUAACGGCCGUUUUCAAUAACUUCUAUUAUUCUAUCUUUAGUUUAACUUACGGAUACACAGCUGUCACCGUUAUAAAGAGAAGAUCUUAUCUAUCCAUAGUUAUGUUCAAUAUAGUUAUAGUCCAAUGCUAUCUGUCAAUAGGUUAUUGAAAUGUAAAGUAGUGUAAAGUAGGCGUAAAAGGAUAGAUUUGUCUACCUCUAGUAAGUUAAACUAAGGAUAAAUUGGUUUUUGAAAACGGCCGUAAUUUGAGUUAUCGUCGAUAAGUUUAUUGGGAUAGUUACGAUUUUUAUCUCAAGUAAGCCACAACUCGAGAUAGACUGAAUAUUGGGAAUGGCCGUAAAUGUCUUUGUUUGUAACCAUCGCAGUUUUACAACUCCUAUUCAGAGCUCUCCAAACUGUUUUAUGUUAACUUCGGUAUUUACUGAAACAGGGUAAAUUGGACACAUAAUUAAGCUCUGUUCAAACUGAGGCGAAUAACGCGCGGGACGCGUGACGGAAGUCGCUCGCGCCGAUUGUGUCAGCUAACUUGUAUGGACGUGUUCAAUUUGACGCGGGUAGUCGCUCGAGUUGAAGCGAAACAAGAGCGGGACGCGCGACGGGAUUGUUUGAUCUCACAAUGCAUGAUGUUUCUCCACUGAAGAACCAAAAAUAACACGCGGGAAGUCGCGUCAGUUUGAGAGGCUAAGCGAGCGAGCGAAUUACUCUAAAACGCGUGCGUUAUUCGUCUCAGUUUGAACAGACCUUUAUUUAUCACUAUCAUGGACUUUUAAUAUAUUUGGAGAGUUAUAUAGUCAAUGUGUUUGAUUCGUAAAUCGCAGAUGGGUUAAUUAUAGAUAUAAUACGAAUUAUAAUUGGUCAACGAUUUCAACUCGCGAUUGGCUCAUAUUGAGUGAACUAUCAUGUGUUUAUAUAGACAAUUGACCCAGCAAACGUUGUGUUGCCAUAUAAAGUAAUAAAAAAAAAGAAAAUUUUUGGGUUAUAAAAAUAGAUGACGACCGAUUCUCGGACAUACCAAAUAUAUUGUAGGUACAUAAAGUUUGUCGUAGGACCAUAAUUGUAUUUGAUUGUCAAGUUGUAUGUACUUUCUAAUGCUGAAUCAUAAUAAAAUAAAAAUAAAAAAGAUUGUCAAAGCAAUGAAAAAAAUAUUUUGGGGUGGGUCACCGUUCUCAUUUAGAUCAUACUUUCUCAACCUUAUUUUGCUCACCUGGGCGGUGAGCUUUGAGAAUAUUUUUUUUUCUAGAACCGUCCAUCUUAAUUUUACUUAGCAUCUGUCGCGAAUUUAAAACAGCUAUUGCCACGAUUAUAUUUAAACGUAAGAUAUUAUAUUAUAGUAUAUAGUAUUAUAUUAUAGCCCCCCCGAAAAUCUCAAACGCCCACAAGGGGGCGUUAUCGUCCAUGUUGAGAACCUAUGAUUUAGAUGUAUCAAAAUAGAUGUUGGCCGAUUGGCCGAAAAUUUCAUACAAAUCUACAAAAAAGUUUGGCAACAAACACCGCGACACGGACAUUAGACAAGAAAAAAAAAAUCUUGUUACUCACGAAACUAAACCCCAAUGCGCAGCUAAAUUUUUUUAUAUGUCACGAAGCAGGAAUUUCGGUCAUUGAACUGUUACCGCCAGUGGGUUUCUCUCGCGUAUAAUGUUUGUUACGUCUCGCUCACAUAGGUAAAUUUCCGGUCAGUUUCUGAUUUAGUAACAGUUCUGUGGUCGUACUCUACAAACUGAAGCCAUUUUGCUUCAGGAAUGUUUCUCACAUUAUUAUAUAUAAAUUAAUUUAUAAAAUUAAUAGAGAAAUUUAGUCUUUUAGGUUACAGUUGCGAAUGAGAUUAAAAGAAUUAUAUAAUGUAUUUAUUUAAAUGAGAGUUAUAAGGGAAUGAGCCGUUGGUCUGCCUGGUGUUAAACGAGACCAUGUAUCUAUUAACGCAUUGCAAAACGAUGUAUAGUGUAGUGUAGCGUGGUACCAUUGAUUUAUAUGACGGAUUUUUAUAACUAAUUGUUAUUUAAAUCAUAGUAAAAAGAACUCUUUUUAUGGCAAAAUCCAAAUGUGAAAUACAUCGUACAAUAUUUUUUUUUAUAAUCAGAUAAAUGUAUUGUGUAUUAGAUGUCUCUUUUAUACACUGUUAUACAGAAUUAAAUGACAGUAUAUGAACAUGGAUCAUUGACAUAGGAUUACCAUACUCUAAAAUAGAGUACAUAUUAUACUCUGGGUAUGUUCCGAUAUGCACUGCGACCACUGUACAGUGUGACGUCAAUUAGGAUACUGUAUAGCCGUUCCUUUAUAGCCAGUUAUACUGGUUACUAUUUAAAACGGAACGCAAUCCCGUAUACUGUCAGCCGCAUUUUUUGACGCAGCAUUCAAAUUAGUGUAUUAAAGUUUUCCAGUUCAUUAAAAAAAACUGUCAAAUUAAAAAUAUUUGGGAUUAAACUGUAGGUAUUGUUUAUAAAACUCAUAAGCACUCGAGUGGUUUUGACUGAUCACGUGGUCAAAGUACUGCGAGUACCUUACCUCGAAAACGCCAGUGCUCACAGUAGAAUAUGGCGGCGAUUUAUGACGUCAUAUAAUAUUUCCCUAGGGUACUGCGGCAGUAUACUGGUAGUCCAUAACGGAACGAAUUUUUCUACAGUGAUAGCACUGUGCAGUGGUCGCAGUGCUCGCAGUGCAUAUCGGAACGUAACCUCUAUGUCAUGUACAUGUCAGUACAUACAACUACUCUUUUAUACAUUUACAAAUCUGAGUUCUUGGCAUAAUAUGCUAGUUAUUAACACAAAAUUAAAAAGAGAAAUAAUUUUUAUGGUACUAAUGAACUCGGGUGUUUCUGAACGCAGUCACAAUCAGUUAUGUCAAAAUAUAAUGUCAACAUGACAGCUUGUUGAAGGAAAAAAUGUUUUUGAAGUUAUACUUCUUUAGGCGCGUUAUGUAAAAAUUAUGAGAGUGAAAUUCUAAGAUGCGCGCAUCAAUGUAACACAGAAGUAACAGGGUGAAGUUGGUUCAUAAAAUUUUCUGACGUUUGCGUCAUUCGUUUUUUUUUUGUUUCUUGGUCCAUUAUUAGGACAGGCAAAGGGUUCAAGCCCGUACAGCCGUUAUUCAUUAUUUAAUAAUUAAUGGUCAAAGCCAUCUUUGGAAGACAAAAUUGUUCUUUCUAAAAACGUAGAAAAGUACGAGGAAUAAAAUAUCAUAUUAAUGAUUUUUGCUUCGUUAGGCCAAAGAAGUAUAACUUAUUGCGUGCAUACAUAAGUACCUACACACACACUUUUUUUCAAAUUUAAAUGAAUGAUACUCUUUUUACUCUGUCGGUACUCUUUAUUUACUCUCUCUGAAAUCAGAUAUACUCAACAUUUGGCAGCUGGAAAACGGGCCUAAAAGUCGGUACGCUUUCAGCUGUAUGGUAUUAUUCUUCUUCUUCUUAAUUCUGGGAUUAAUUAUAGUGUCUCUCCCGGGGUACGUCCCAGCGCUCUAACUAACUAAGCCAAUCGUGGAUGCCGAUGUAGAGGUAUACAUUGUAUGUGUCAUAAUUUCAUGACUUCAUUCGACUGUGAUUUGUCUCGUCAUAAUUAUUUCUGGCGGAAUUGGAAAAUGUAUUCAAUCUUAGAUAAUUUAUACGUCUAGACAGAGCCUCUUGCUGCUAGACAACUGAUGAAAACAGGCCAGGUGACAAGCUAUGUGUUACACUAGCGAUUUGUAUGUUAUCACUUAGUGUUUUUUUAUGGAAAGGCGGAUAAACGAGCGUACGGGUUACCUGGUGUUAAGUUAUCACCGUCACUCUUGCAACACUAGAGGAAUCACAGGAGCGUUGCCGGCCUUUCAGCUUUGUAGAAAUAAAAAGAAAGCUCCUUGAAAGCGCACUGUGGAGGACCGCAACACAUCCAGAUGGUGGGGAUGAUAUCCUUACUUGUGGCGUGUCGUGCGAAAGUGGAAUUCGGCGGUAGGAAUCAGGUGAAGCAUUUUAUGCGUGCAUUGCUCAAAAUAGAGGUUAACUGUCACCCUCAAUAUUUUUUUUUCGAAUUUUCAACAUUUUCACAACUCUCAUAGUCUAUCUAGACGUAUACAGGAUCUAAGUAUUCAAUAAUAGGUUCCAUCAGCUCUGGUCUCGUAACCUUAAUAUAAAAAACAAAUAUUUUAUAUAAUAAGUCCAUUGUGUAGGACUACUACCUACUGGACAAAUUAUUAUAGUAUCGAUUCUUUUCUUUUGUAUUAUACUCAAAAAUAGUUUGAAAGUAUCAUUUAGUAUUGAUAUCACAUUUAAUCAAUUAUGUUUAUUGUAUAGGAUUAGUAUUUACUCGUUAAUUAAUUACAUGCCUUUAUAGUUUUCAUACAAGUUAUGUGUUUAGCUUUUAAGAAAAGUAAUUGGUAUCUCUAAUUUAUGCAACAAUUAAAAAAUUAAAAAAAAUCUUGAGUCAAUUCCCUAAUAUGCAAAUAUUGGGGUUGAGCAGGUUAUCAACUAUAAAGUAGAUGCUGCAGUUGAAGCCACAACCUGAGAGUUGAACAUGACAUACAAGAUUUAUCAACGAUAAGUCACUCGAACGGUUGGCUCAGUGGAAGAGCGCUCGCAAGGAACGCGAGAGGUCGCGGUUUCGAGGCCCGCAUCGUUAAUAAAUUUUGUUUUCCAAUUUAUUUUGUGUAAGUGAUACAUACCUACAUUCAUAAUAAUAUUGUGUUUAAUCGGAUUAUUUUUACUGUUUAUUUUGGAUCUAAAUCUGUAUUUAAUAAUUGUAAACGACAGUCGGCUUCAAGUAUUUUUGAAGAUCUGUUAAAAUAAAUUAAAGAUUUAUGUAUUUAUUUGUUUCUUGGUUGAAAUGAAAAUGCUUAUAAACUUUAA